AACGUACAAAAGAAACGCUUCGAUUAAAAAUAAGAAGGAUACAUAUCUAUUUUUAAAACAACACGGUGGCUACCAGCAGAGGGCGGUGUCUCCUAGUUCAAUCACAGUGCUUUAUUUUGGCAUGGGGCACACACCGUCACCGACAUCAUGGGCAAAGCAAAAAGUCAUACAAUAGGAUACAAACAUGUGGUACAAAUAAAUAGCUAAAACAACAACCAACACUAGUAUCUUUCGCUGAACAGACUGGAGUCGCAUCCGACUCGACUGCUCAGGACUUGGUUGUGAACUCGACAUUGAGCUGCUAAUCCUGUUCUAGCACCAGGGGUGCAUAACGUGAAGUAGGCUAGCCUGUCUAGUUUAGCUCUUAGCUAUGUCUACAACCUCUAAAGUUGUACUGGGAGUUUCUGUGAUACUGACGCUGAGCACCGUGGCCGGUGUGCACAUUAAGCAGAGGUUGGACCAAGAGCGGCUGCAUCAGGGGGUUGUGCGGGACCUGGAGCGAUUAGAGCGAAAGAGAGAGAACCUUCGAGUUCUGGACCAGCAGAGGGUCCUGACCCAACAACUGGAGGCCCAGAGGACCCAGAGGGAGGCCGAGCAAGCCCACCACUAA